CACAUUUUCCACCCAUUGUGAAGUUCACGACCUCCCAGCUCCACUCGGGAUCUUAGCCUUUUACGGUCCCAACCCCACGCGUUGCGACACGGCGACUCCGAAUGCCAGGCACAACUUGCAACGUGUACAGUCCACUAUCCCCGCCCAUCAUUUAGGAGGAUCCUUCCCUGCAGCGUGACUCACAAAAAAUUCCUGAAGAGGUUACUACAACUCUCACAACCAAGUACACGCGCCAGAAAAGCGAUCAAGUGAUUUGACAAAGGCUUGGCUCGACUGCCUGCUUGGAAUUCCUCGGUUUUGGGCUAGCUGGUCCGGAACUUUGGAAGUUCGGAUAGCAUUCAGAAUCAAUAGCAUUCUUAGCGAGUCUUCCUUCGCGAAUCAUCGCUACCGUCAGAAUCGGUAUCUCCAUCGUCGGCUGCGGACUACGCGAGUUGGCUUUUGAGUCGACUCAAACGCAGACUCGGUACUGCCUCGGCGUCAGCCCUGGAAGGAACGAGAGGCAGUCCGAAUUUUCGCGUUGAAGACGGCGGCCCGAGCGCGGCUCGCCAUCCUGACCACUGCCGGUGGCAGUGUAAUCGCCAGUCCUGAUACUAUUUGGCAGAGUAAUCGGCACGGUGCCCUUACUUACCCCCCCUGAAUCCUGCGGCGUAACUUAGAUCGAUCGAUCUAAGUGUGGCAUCAUGGACGCGGUGCGUUGGGCCCAGCGGGUUGCCCUCGCCACGUGGAUCACUGUGGUGUCCGUCGCUGCUUCGUAUGCAGCCGCGGAGCCCACCGCGGUCUACAUCGUGCAGUUGCGCGACCUUCCGCCAAUCUCCGCCUACCGCGGCGGGAUCGCCGGCUUCCCCGCGACGGCGCCUCCCGUCGCCACUACCACCGCUGCCGCCGCUGCCGCCGUGAAGGCCACGGCGCGGACGUUGGGGCUGCGGAACAUGCGCGGACCGCUGCGCAGGUGGUUCCGCCGGCGGCAUCCGAACAUCCGCCUUCCGCACGUGAAGGCGUUUGCGGAGCUCCUGGGGAAGGCGCAGAAGGCCAUCGCGGAGAAAGCGGGCAUUUUGCCGAACAGCAUGCUGUAUAGCUACACGUACUUGAGCAACGGCUUCGCCGCAAAACUGACGCCCGCGCAAGCCAACCAGCUGCGCAAGGACUCCGCCGUGGCGGAAGUGCGCCAAAGCCUCCCCGUGCGCCCCGCGGGGCAAGUCUCUUCCCCCGCCGGCGCGUCCAGCUCCGCCGCAGGGGGGACAACACCGACCGCGGCGGGAACGGGAACGGUGGCGGGGAAGCCUGCGGCGGGGGGCGCGGGAGGCGCAAAGACGGGGAGCGUCCAGCAGGGCGGACUGAAGAUGCCGCAGGAGUUGUGGGUGGCGAACGGGGGGGAGCUGAGCGCAGGGGAGGACGUGGUUGUGGGGGUGAUCGACAGCGGGAUAUGGCCCGAGCACCCGUCCUUCAGCGAUACUAAUUCUAGCAACGCGUACGGCCCGCCGCCCUCCACGUGGCAGGGCAAGUGCGAUACGACAGAGGACUUCCCCGCGUGCAACGACAAGGUGAUCGGCGCGCGCUUCUUCAUCAACUCGUUCGACCAGUCCGGCCGCCAGCUCAACACUGCGCGCGACUUCCGCUCGCCACGGGAUGUCGACGGCCAUGGCUCCUGGUGUGCCGGCGCCGCAGCGGGCAACAGCAACGUCCCGGUGAUGUCCAGCUCAGGGAAGCGCUUCGGCACGGUGUCGGGCAUGGCUCCGCGGGCGCGCAUUGCGGUCUACAAGGCCUUCUGGCUGCAGAAGGACGGCUCCCUCAUAGCCGAGCAGGCCGACAUCGAGGCGGCGGUCAACCAAGCAGUGGCGGAUGGUGUGGACGUGCUGAGCAUGUCGUUCGUGAGCGACGUGCAGACCAGCUACUUUGACGACCGCAUCUUCCUCCGCGCCAACCAGGUUGGCGUCGUGCCCGUCUUGGCGGCGGGCAACAGUGGCCCUCCGCCUGGGGACUCUACCUACCGGACUCUGUACAACUACUCGCCAUUCUACCUCACUGUCGGGGCCAGCACCCUGGCCCAGCGGUACCAGACGCAGAUCACGCUGGGAAACAAGGCGGUGGUUCUAGGAGCCGGGCUGGGCGGUAACGCCGUAACCGCCAAGGGGGCUCCGUUGAUCGACGCCCGGUCCGCUCCUGGGGAGGUGGCUGGGUUAGACGAGGCAGAGCUAUGCUUUCCGGGGUGCCUGGACCCGGCUAAAGUGGCUGGGAAGAUCGUGAUGUGCUUGAGAGGGGGAGUGUUCCUGUUUGAGAAGGCACAUGUGGUGGCAGAAGCAGGCGGCGUGGGGGUUAUCUUUGUGAAUGACCCCACUGGGAGCUCGGACGUGUAUUCCUCUGUGUCGAGCGCGACGAUCCCCACGGUGCAUCUGACAGCAACUCAGGGAGCAACGAUUCGGGCGUACAUCAAGAAGACGAAGCAGCCCACAGCAACUAUAGGAGCAGAUUGUGUUUCCGCCAAGACCACCGUCUCCCCGCCCGCCGUAGCCGCCUUCUCCUCCACAGGGCCACCUCUUGACCCCAUGGACGAUUUCGUCCCCUUCGGCCCCACCAACGACAUUCUCAAGCCUGACAUCCUCAGCCCGGGCGUGGAGCUCUGGUCGGCAGUCGCCGGCGACAUUAAAAACGCCAGCAAGCCGGUGUUUGAUCUGCUGUCGGGGACGUCCAUGGCAACGCCACUCGCUGCGGGGAUAGCUGCACUGCUCGUGCAGAGAUUCCCCACCUGGACCCCGGCUCAGGUCAUGUCGGCCAUACAGACCACGGCGAGUCCAGUGAAUGAUGCUGGGAAGCCGAUCACUACCGAGAAGGGGGCUGUUGCAACUCCCUGGGAGACUGGGGCUGGUACGGUGAAUGCCGCGAAGCUGGCGGAUCCAGGGCUCACGUAUAAUGCCGGAAUUCAGGAAUAUAUGAAUUUCCUGGCCGGGCAAAGCAGGUACAGGACCGGGGUAUUAUGGCCUAAGGAGGUGGUAACCCCCACCCCAGCGUACAACUUGAACCUUCCGGCGAUAGUGUUCUCUCGGGUGAACGGCACGAGGGUUGCAGUGCGCACAGUGACCAGUGUUGCUGCAAAAGCGUCGACUUACAAGGCCAAGGUCGUCGUCCCUCUUGGGAUGCAAGUUACCGUUACACCAAGCCAGUUUUCUGUGAAACCUGGAGAAUCCAGGACAUUCACCGUGGCUGUGUCAAUUCUCAAGCCUUCUACAAAGUUUGCCUUCGGAAGCUUGACGUGGGAGGACGAGCUAGGGCAUAGUGUACGCUCAGUGUUGGCUGUGCAAUCACGCACAAUGUUCAAGAGAAAGUAGGAUGUGUUGCUGUAGUUAAGUUGGUUUGCCCCCAAUUUGUAUCAUACCAUUC